UGCAGUCCUUGUUCGUCUUCUCCUAAUGCCCUAGCUUCUCUCAGUUCCAUUUCCUCUUCAACCUCUCAUCACAUUUCAUUUCCAAUUUUCCGUUCGAUUUGGCCCUAAAUUCUGCUAUACUGCUCUUUGCUUUUUUUAUUUCGACGGAAAAUUGUUGAUAUUUAGAAGAAGAACGCUUGGUGAGGGUCAUUUCUUAAGUAAUUCUUGAAGAAGAUAGUUGCUGAGAACUAUGGAGGACACUCAGCAAACAGAGGACACUCAGCAAACAGAGGACACAUCAUCUGGAACUGUCCCAGAUAAAGCAUCUCAAGAGAAUCAUGAAAGUCGUGAUGAAAUGCUUUCAAGGCAUAGGAAAGAGAUAUCUCAGUUGCAGAACAAAGAAAUUGAACUUAAAAAGGCAGCAGCUAGAGGUAGCAAAGCUGAACAAAAAGUGAAGAAAAAACAGGUGGAGGAAGAGAUAUCUCAACUUUCUGUGAAGCUAAAAAAGAAACAGGCCGAAGAACUUGCGUCCUUAGGCUUUAGUAACAGUAAUGGAAAUGAAAAAAACAUCGACAAUCUAGUGAAGGCCAUAGCUGGGGUAUCUAUGGCAGCUCAGUCCGAUCAUUCAAAGCCGAGCAAAAGCACAAGGCGUAAAGAGAAAAGGGCUCAACAAGAAGCCGAAAGAGAUCGAAGAAUUGAAGAGGAGCAAAGCAACAUUGUGAGUGAUAGAAUGAUCGAAAAUGAACAUUUGGAAAAGAAGCUCGAACCUCUUGGCUUGACUGUCAACGAAAUCAAGCCAGAUGGACAUUGCCUCUACAGGGCAGUUGAAAACCAGCUAGCCUACCUUUCAGGAGGUUCGUCUCCAUAUAAUUACCAACAACUUCGGGAGAUGGUAGCAGCUUACAUGAGAGACCAUUCAACUGAUUACAUGCCAUUUUUCCUCUCGGACAAUGGCGUAGAAGGCAACUCCAACAGUUCGUUGGCUGAAAGGUUUGAAAACUACUGCAAGGAAGUUGAGUCAACUGCAGCAUGGGGAGGGCAGCUGGAACUUGGUGCUUUAACACAUUGCCUUAGAAAACAUAUCAUGAUAUUUUCGGGAUCGUUCCCUGAUGUGGAAAUGGGGAAAGAAUACAAAUCUGAAGGGGUAAUAAACUCAAGUAUUAGGUUGUCUUACCAUAAGCAUGCCUUUGGACUUGGGGAGCACUACAAUUCUGUGGUUCCUGUAUGAUGAUGAAGUUGGGUGGUAUAAUCAUGAAGGGCCACUUUUACUUUGGCAUUUAUUCUGUUAUGCAAUAUCUUUUUUGAGCCUCGAGUUUGUACCUAAAGGACAAGGGAGAAGGGUGUGCCAAAAAAAAAUAUAAUGUUCUUCUUUUUGUUUCCUUCCUUAGAUAUUUAGCUUUCUUUCACAUUUAUUCUUCAAUUUACCGAAUCCAAUUCUUCUGUGUUAUCUUAUAACACUUUCGUUUGCUGUUUUAUCUAUUGUUUUUUA